AUGGUUGAACUGGGGAUUUUGCUGACAUUCCUUUCAUGUCUGUGUUUAUACUUUUUGUUGAUCAUCAGCAGGUUUUUUAUCAGAGUAUGGUGGACUCCGAUUCGAGUGCAGUCCAAGAUGAGGGAACAAGGAAUCAAAGGCCCUUCUUAUAGAUUCAUUCAUGGAACCACCAAGGAGAUAAACCUGAUGAGGAUUGAAGCUGCAAAGCAAACCAUGGAACUCUCCCACCAUAUCCUUCCAGGGCUGCAGCCUCAUAUCUACGCAUGGAUCAAGCUCUACGGGAAAAUCUUUCUGCAGUGGCAUGGCACUAGGCCUCAGCUAGUUGUCACUGAACUUGAGCUGAUUAAAGAAGUGCUCAAUAAUAAAGAUGGAACAUACGAGAAGACACCUUUUCAUAAUUUCAUCAGAGUUCUUCUAGGCGAUGGACUCGUCUUGUCUAGAGGUGACAAAUGGUUGAAGAUGCGGAAACUAGCAAACCAUGCCUUCCAUGGAGAAAGCCUGAAGGGUAUGGUUCCUGCGAUGAUUGCUAGCGUGGAGAUGAUGCUCGAGAGGUGGAAGAGCAAUCCUGGAGGAAAGAAUAAGGAGAUUGAUGCUUUCCAGGAGUUCAAGAUUUUAACAUCAGAGAUCAUUUCCAGGACAGCUUUUGGAAGCAGCUACCUGGAAGGGGAGAAAGUGUUUGAACUGCUGACGAAGAUGGUUCUCAUUAUCUCAAGAAACCACUACAAUGUCAGAAUUCCUGGUCUCAAAACUGGCGAUGAGAAAGAAUCUGACAAGCUCCAACAAGAGAUCAGGGCCAUCAUCAUGAACAUGUUGAACAAAAGGAAAGAAGAACAGCUUAGUUCUCCUGCCACUGAUUUCCUUGGACUGCUUGUCAAGGCUUAUAAUGAUCCAGACAGACACAGUAGCAUAACAUUGGAUGAUCUGAUUGAUGAAUGCAAGACCUUUUAUGUGGCAGGCCAAGAAACAACAGCAAGCUCACUGACCUGGACUGUGCUUCUACUAGCUAUACACUCAGAAUGGCAAGAGAAGGCAAGGGAACAAGUUCUUGAACUAUUUGGCAACAACAGAACUCCAACUCCUGAUGGCAUUUCCAGAUUAACAAUUCUGAGUAUGGUGAUCAAUGAGUCCCUGAGGCUAUACCCUUCAGUUUUUCACAUAACGAGGGAAGUCCAGAGGGAAGCGAAAUUAGGGAAGCUAAUACUUCCAAAAGGGACUGAAGUCUACAUCCCAAAUCUGGCAGUUCAUCAUGAUCCAGGAACAUGGGGUGAAGAUGCUCACCUGUUUAAACCAGAGAGAUUUGCUGAUGGAGUAGCUAAGGCCAGUAUUACAAACAACAGCAGCUCAUCUGCAGCAUUUCUUCCAUUUGGGCUGGGCCCUCGAAAUUGUGUUGGGGUCAACUUUGGCAUCACCGAGAAAAAGAUUGCACUCUCCAUGAUUCUGCAGCGUUAUAGGUUUAUGCUCUCGGACAAGUAUGUACACUCACCAGCUCAUGUUUUGACCAUUUGUCCCAAACAUGGCCUCCAAAUCAUCCUUGAGGAACUUUGA